CCAAGGCAAAAUAUAUAGACAAACAGAAGGUGUAGCAAUGGGAUCACCAAUAUCCCCUAUCGUAGCAGACAUAUUUAUGGACAGCUGGGAAAAUAGUGCCCUCAAUACAUUUAACCCUACUCCGAAAAUAUGGUGGAGAUAUGUGGAUGACACUUUCACAGUGUUAAAAACAGAACACAUCUCUAGCUUCUUGACACAUAUAAACUCACAAGUUGAGGGAAUAAAAUUCACAUUUGAAUCAGAAAAUGAACAAGGAGAAUUAGCUAUGUUAGAUUGUAAGAUAAAAAGAAUAGAAGAAGGCAAACUACACACUAGUGUUUAUAGAAAACCAACGCAUUCUAAUAGAUAUUUAGACUUUAAUUCGUCUCAUCCUUUAACUGUUAAGGCAGGCUUAGUUAAAUGUUUAACAAACCGAGCAGUGGCACUAAGUAGCACAAAAAAAGAUCUAAAUGAUGAAUUAAAACAGAUAGAAGAAGCGUUGGUGUUGAAUAACUAUCCUAUAAAAUUCAUUAGGAAGAUCAUUAAAGGCCAAAAACAAAAUAAAAAUAAUUGUGAAACUAGUAAUAAUAACAUAAAUAAGAAAGAAUAUAAGUCAUCCACAGUUAUACCAUAUAAAGAGGGGACAUCUGAGACACUACGUAGGAUUCUGAAUAAAAUAGGAAUUAGGGUGGCAUUUAAACCUACAAACUCACUCAGGGACAAGCUCUGUAGGUUAAAGGACCCAGUUGACCCAAUUAGACAAAAUAAUAUUAUUUACAAAAUACCAUGCAAUGACUGUGAGGUCAACUACAUAGGUCAAACUAGUAGGUCAGGGGUAGUCAGAUUGUCAGAGCAUAAAAAUUUAGCUAAGGUAAGAAUGGUUGACCCCGAGAAGAUAAAUAAUUUAGAAAAAAGCUCAGCAAUUGCAAUGCAUGCGCUAACACACAACCACACAAUAGGGUGGGAGAGGGUUAAAAUUCUAAAAAGUAAUCUAGGUAGGUGGAGAGAGAGGUUGAUUACUGAAUCCUUGUUCAUCGAGUCUACACCCAACACAUGCAAUAGGAAUGACUCGUCACUCAUACCUGAAAUAUGGAAAAUACUAUUACCAAUCAAAUCAAGUGAAAAUCAAGAGAAAAACAAUGGAACUAUAUAAAUGAAUUUAGGAAGUCGUGUGAUUACCUUGAUAUGAUUAUGAGCAAUAAAUUGUGCUCGAAACGUCAUCAGUUCAUAUAACUGUAAACACUGUGCGAUUUAUCAAAAUAAAAAUCUUAUCUAUAAUGGAAU